UUCCCGCCAUUUCAUACCACAUCCAUUUCUGUGAAGUUAAAACAGCACCUGAUAAUGUCAUCCAACCCCAAAGUCUUCUUUGAUAUGACGGCCGGUGAUGCCUCGGUCGGCCGUAUUGUGAUGGAGCUCUACGCGGACGUGACCCCACGCACGGCUGAGAACUUCCGCGCGCUUUGUACUGGCGAGAAAGGCGUUGGGAAAUCUGGCAAGCCACUUCACUACAAGGGUUCGACCUUCCAUCGGGUUAUACCGAAUUUCAUGUGUCAGGGUGGGGAUUUCACUGCUGGAAAUGGUACGGGUGGUGAGUCGAUCUACGGAUCGAAAUUUGAGGAUGAGAAUUUUGUUAAGAAGCAUACGGGGCCUGGUAUCCUGUCAAUGGCUAAUGCGGGGCCUGGAACUAAUGGGUCGCAGUUCUUUAUCUGUACUGCUAAGACGGAGUGGCUGGACGGGAAGCAUGUGGUGUUUGGACAGGUUGUGGAGGGAAUGGACGUCGUGAAGGCUAUUGAGAAGGUGGGAUCUAGCAGUGGGAAGACGUCCAAGAAGGUUGUUAUCUCGGAUUGUGGUCAGCUUUAAGUUUUGAGAGUAAAUAAUGGAGGGUUGAAAUUUUGAGUUAUUUCUUUCUUCUUUUUUUUUCCUCGUGAGUUCGGUCGUAUUAAUAGCAAUUUUGGAGAUCUUGGACGGUUUUGAUUCA